AUGGCCGAAAGCGUGGACAGUCAGCUGCGCAACACGAUUCGUGCAGCUCGUUCGCGAUCUCUUCGGUGCGUGAAGGCGAUCAUUGUCCAGAAAGGCUCCGUGGCGAGUGGAGCUGCAGCCCCGACUGCCUACACGCUAGCACUUGCAAAUUCACAACCGGAGGAAGCAGGUGCUGCCCUCGACAAGGAGUUCCAGCGAUGUGUCAAGAUUCUCCUUGAACCGGACAAGCCGAGUCUGCUUCUCUUCCGGGCGGACCUGUGCGAGAAUGUUGAAGGCUCUCGUUGGCUGUUGCUGGCUUGGCUGCCGGAGUCAGCACCAGAGGUGGACCGGGCAAGGUACGUUCGAAGCCGCGGCAUGCUGGCUGACCUUGUGCAGCGGCCGUAUUUCCUAAGCGAGCUCCUCGCCAAAGAUUCGAAGAGCUUGUCCUGGCCCGUCGCUGCAAAAGUCUUGGCACAAACAAGGCCAAGGGAGCAUGCUGAGCUGGCGGUGCAGCAUGCCGCUGCAGAGGAGUUUCUGCCAGCGCCGCUACGAUUGUCGCAAGCAGCACAAGGGCUGCUGCAACGCCUGGUGCAGAAAGAGGACAGUUGCCUGAAGCUGGUCCUCUCCUCGCGCCUCUCCCUGAGCCGGCUCGCCGCGACUGGAGAGGCGGGUGCGAACAACACGCCGGUUAUGGAAGCCAAGGUCAUGGAAUGCCAAACACCGGCACAGCUGGCGAAGGCAGAGCUGCCUUCGACGUCAUGUUUUUUCGCUCUUUACACUCGAGACGACCUGGUGUUUGUGCACUGGUGUCCGGAUCGGCUUUCCCGGGAUCCGACUGUGCGAAUGCGAGAUGAUUCGCGAUAUGCUGUGCUCAAGCCAACGGUCCAGCGUCUGGUGAUGAGUGCAUUUCCGACUCCGCCUCGACUGCUUGUCGUGGAUGCGCGUGAGCCGCAAGACUUGGUGGAUGGAGCGAAUCGAGCCGCGGAUGCGAAUGUGGCGAAACAGGCAGACAGCAAACAGUUGAUCCCAGUAGCAAGAGGUGCCAGCAUAAUGCGCGUGAGACAUCUCCAGACACACCUCGCCGAUCAGGGCCUGGUAAACAGCGGCAAGCUGAACGAGCUUAAGAAUGUUCAAGUGGGUGUGGACGCGGUGUUCUGGCUGCGAUCGAUACAGGCCCUGAAGGAUCCCUUUGCUGAUGCUCUUGGCGGCAUACCGCCGGGCAUCUUUGGGUUUGUGGAUAAGGAGCUAGAGAGCUUCAAAGAGUGGGGCAUCACACCGCUCUUCGUGUUCCAAGGUGUGGCGCCGGGACCACAGCACUCUAUGUUCGUCAGCCGCAUGGAUCAACAAAUGGACAUGGCCUGGAAUUACCUAGCCUCUGGAGACAAGUCGGCGGCACAGAAAUGCUUUGCAGUUUCGACAAGCCGCAUCAACGGGGACUUUGUCUACUUCAUCUUCCACCACUUACGCCAGAAGGGCUAUGAAUGUCUUCAGGCCCCAUACUUUGCCGGUGCUCAGCUCGCACACUUUGCAGAGCAAGGCAUCGUGCAAACAGUCUUCGGGCCGCCCGGCCUGCUCCUUUACGGUGUCAAGUCGGUCGUGAUCCACCUGAACUUCGGCCAACAGUCUUUUGAUUGGGUGGACUUGGAUAGUGUGCUGGCGAAGUGGCAGCUUUCAUGGGAUGAGUUCGUGGAUGCAUGCAUGCUUGCAGGCACCGAGUACUGCCUCACCUAUCCUUAUCUAAACCUGAGUCCCUUUGGUGCCUCCGUCGCCCAGCAGGGGCAGCGAUUCAACUUUGAUGCCGCCGUGUACAUCAUCCGGCAGGCUCCGCUAAUCAAUUGGAUGCAGACCUUCCCGACUGAGGACAUGAAGAGCGACCACGUGGACGGCUACUGCAUAUGCAAAGUCCUGGUCCAGAACUCCCCGGUGCUUCAUCUCCAGGAUCAUGCCAUUCGUCCACUCGGAGCAUCUUCGAAGGGUGCGCCUCCAUCGGUCCCCAACGAUUUUUCCUCCAUUAUGGGUCAGAAGCUGCCUCCCAGCCUGUACUAUCUGAUGUUGCAUGGUAUCAUCUCCCACAAGCUUCCCCAAGCCCUUGCCAAGGGAGAGUGGACGGACAAAUCGCAGCCACUCAUUGACACUAAUGAGUUCCGAUCACUGCUCACAGACUUGCAGGACUACCGCAGGACCUCCUUGGGGUUGAUCGCCCAGCACCUGCACAAAAGCUUCCAGAACAAGUCCAUCCUUUGCAAGGCAUAUUGGGAGCCCACCAACAUCCGGCAGGCGCUCGGAACUGAUGCGAACCUACCUCCCGAUGCCCGGGUCAUCCAGCCAGACAUCCAGCAGGGGCUUCGAUGGAAAAUCACCUACCAGUCGGUGAAGGCUGAGAUGAGCCGCCAGAAGGUGGACAAAGUGGACUUCAAGUUUUGCUUGAACUGGCAUGCGCGUGAGUUUGAACAAGAUGGUCCACUCAUGCAAGGCAUCAAGGAGCCGCAGCCUCCGUCCUUCGACGACCACCUCCACUCCUUAAGUGCUUUGGUGCAUUUCCUCGUCUUGGAGAAGUUGGAUUUGAUCUCGGCCGAGGAUGGUGGGGCAACAGUUCUCAGUGAUGUUCUUAAGGACACCCCAAGGAACCUAACGGAGCCGUGCCUGACGGCACUGGAGCUCAUGAAAUACGGCCAACUCAAUGGGGAGCCGUUUGAAGCAGCGCAUCCAGACAAGCCUUUUCCAUCAGAAGUAAAAUAUCCAACAUCCAGCCAGCUGGACGGAGCCGAGAAGGACAAGGUCUGUGGAAUGCUGCUCCUUUGCCGCGUCAUGUCCUUAGUGCCCAUGAGAGUCAGAAACAUCAUGUGGGACUCGGACGUUGAUUUCGACUUAGCAGCCUUCCACGCCCUGGUGCGCGUCCUCAAGCGAACUCUGCGACAGAUGGUAGAAGGAGCUUUGGCAUCCGUUCUGCUGAAAGACUUGGCCAAAGUCAAGUUGUUGCCCAGAGGCUUCAUGUGCGCAUCGCCAGUGCACAGAGACUCAUACCCGCAUGUUCCAGCAGAGCUGCCAACCUUUAUGCUGCCUCGGGCCUGCAUGGGGAUUGUAGUGCGGUACUUCUUGGAAUACAAGAAGGAUGCCGACAGUUUCGCAGCUGACGUGGGCAAGCGUUUCCCCUGCUGCGUGCAGCCUGUGGAAGACCUCAAGCUUGCAUUCACCUUCUGGCACGAUUUGCGGCGCUGCGUGGACACCAUUGCAGAAACGCUUGGUGCUGAGGAGCUCAGUGAAGACAUGCGGAAGGCAAGCA